GAUGGAGUCGCUAAUGAUCAAAGGAUUUACAGCGGCAUUUGGCGCACAUAACUGUUGUAUAAAAAUUGGUGUCUUUUAUGGUGAUUAUUUUAAAUUGUUGUCUUUGUAUGUUUCUUGAUUCAUUUUUUAAAUAAUAUGCCUGUCGUCAAGAAAAAGUUGCCUAAAGACUCUGGAAUCAUCAUUUCGUUGAUGAAAGAAAUAGGAAUCACGGAAUUUGAACUUAAAGCUGUCAAUCAAUUGUUGGAAUUUGCUUAUCGAUAUGUUACCGAUAUCUUAGAAGAUGCCCGUUUAUAUUCAGUACAUGCUGAAAAGUCAGUGGUAACUGUUGCUGACAUCAAAUUGGCUAUCCAAUCUAGAUCAGAAAAAAUGUCACCUGAGCUUCCACCACGAAAUUUGCUUAUGGAUAUCGCUUAUGAUAUAAAUAGUGAACCCAUGCCAUUAAUCAGGCAAAAUAAUGGAUUGCGUCUUCCACCUGAGCGCUUUAGUUUAAUAACUGCUAAUCAACGCAAUAAAAGGCGGAGACAUUACUAGAAGUGGAAUCAAACACUUUUUAAUUCUAUGAGUAUAGAGAUUUUAUGUGUUGAAACCAAAAUGUUAUUCAAAAUCAUAAUUAGUUAAAUUUUUACCAUCAUUAAGAUCGAUUAUUGCUUAUUAAAUCAAUUAUUUUCCAACAAAAA